CGCAUCGCGUGCGGUUAAUGUUGGGAGUGCCGUGCAAAGUUACGCGCGAUCGCGGAAAUCGUGUUUUCGUGAGUGAAUGUAACGCACCGUAAAGGCGAGUAACAAGAAGGCGAAAAGAAGGAGGAGACGCGGGGACAUCAGCCGACGACAGUGACCAUGUCAACGUGACUGGCCGUUUGCGAAGAAGAGCUGCGAUGCCGUAGUCGUCCGCUAUGAGCGAGAGCCGGUGCUACACGGAUUCGCCCGUGCUCGCCGAACAUCAGCCCUUCAACCGUAAUGGGAAGGCGCUCAGGGGAUCCAAGAAGAGCGUGCUGUUCUAUACGACCGACUGCGGGGACGAAAAAGAGGACCUGGGACUCAAGCUUCAGCAGCGAUCCGUCUCGUUGACCGCGUUGCACACCGGUGUUGGCGCCCAGCAGCAGCUACUGGAACCCAGAAUGGCACAGUUGGAAACCUUGGAGGCCAAGAUGGCCAGUAUAGAGGUGUCAUUGUCGACGACACCGAGGCGGAAGAAAGGCGGCAGUAUUUCCGGGGGCGUCCCGUCCCCCGCUGGUCACCGGAACAGAGAUCAUUAUAAGGAAUUGGACGCUCUCCGAGUGGCUCUGCGCGACAAAGAAAACAUCAUACAGACGCUCAAGGGCCAGCUCUGCAACACGCUGAGCAGCAGACUGGCAUUACGCAACGGCGCGCCACCCUUGACCGAGGCCGACAGGAAAGCGGCCGAGGAGCGGCUUCAAAGGCUGCGACGGGACGCCGACAAUAAGCGUCUGGCCAUUAAGAACCUGAAGCUCGCGCUCGAACGUCUCGAUAUCACGGACAACAUCGAUGUUCGAAUACAGCAAGCGGAAUUGGAGUACAGAUUGGGCCGCGAGGAACUCGAGCUGCUGACUCUUCACGAGGAGAGCAGGGCUCUGCAGACCGCCUUGGAGUUGGCCGAAACUCAAGAAAAACAAAAGAAUGAUACAAUAUUCAGCUGCAUUUCCGGCUCGACGCAAGUUACGAUCCACGCGGUGGAAGUCAGCGCGGAUCCGAAAAGUCCUCGUUUCGGAGCGGGACCCAGGGACGACGCGAUCGGUCUCUACGUCGAUUGGGCCGUGGAGGAUUCCGGUCUUUGUAAGGGAGACAGAAUCUUGGAAGUGAACGGAAAACUCGUGGUAGGAGCAGGCAGGAGCGACCUGGCUCGUCUUCUAGCCGUCGCGCCCGACGCCGCGCAGAUAGUGGUCCUUCGAAAGGGCGAGUCCCUCGCGGCGUUGCGCACCCUUCGCUCCGAUAAUCUCAGGCUGACACACAGGAUCGGUUAUCUCGAGGAACAGGUCAGAGAUCUCUUGGCGCCGAGCAGGACCGAGGUCCCCACCGAGGAUCCGCCGACGAGUCGUCAGGAACAUGUACAGGUUUUCCAAAAGGGGCCUCAAGUGACGGCACUCGUGGCGAAUCUACCUGGUCUCAACGUGAGAAGCUGCACGGAACUGCGGCAGAGUCUGCCGACCGUCCGGAGUAGACACAGCGAUCACUCCAGGCGCCUGCAGACGGACUCGAGGAGCCAGCGUGAACUCGACUUCUCGUCCGAUGGAGUGGCGAACGGCCAUCACAAAUCCCGGAAUCGACAGAAGCACCAGGGACUGCAGCUGGCCAGGUCGACGGCCAGUCUCGACUGCAAACAGUCGCCGGUGCAGACACAGAUGCAGCGUCGAAGGUCACCGCGCGUCGAAUCAGCCAUGGAGCACUUGCACAAAGGUCGCAAGAGCGGCUCGCAGCUGCAUUCCCUGGAGUUUGACUCCGAGCCGACUUACUACCGUUUGCAGGAUUCCCAGUCCCGCGCGUCGGAGACUUCGGAAGUGUCGACGGUGUACAGCUCCCAGGAGGCGAAGACCCGACCGGCGCCGCCGAAGAAACCGCUGCGUCUCUCCCUGCACCGCGCGGCGAGUCUCCAGUCCGUGGAAAGCGCGCCGCCGGCCGCGCUGCAGCACGACGUGGCGCGAAAGCCGACGAAGAGGAAUCACCGCGGCGAUCCGCCCACGGAGAAGACUGCGUCGCGGCCCGAGAUGAACGGGAGCGCGAAUCCCCAGGAGUCCCACGCCGGUCCGCCGCAGCCGCCCCCGAGGACGCCCUCCAGGGCGGAAUCGUGUCAGAGCGCCCUGCGAUGGCCCUCUCCGAAGCCGAGAGCGCACUUGACGUCCGUGCCAAUGGAGAAGUGGUGCUGA